AUGGCCAAGAAAGCUAUUGAUUCACGUAUCCCAUCACUAAUUAGAAAUGGUGCACAGACAAAGCAAAGAUCUUUCUUUGUGAUUGUCGGUGAUCGUGCAAGAAACCAAUUACCAAAUCUGCAUUAUUUGAUGAUGAGUGCUGAUUUAAAAAUGAACAAGUCUGUAUUAUGGGCUUACAAGAAGAAACUUUUAGGUUUCACAUCUCAUAGAAAGAAAAGAGAAGCUAAAAUAAAGAAGGAAAUUAAGAGAGGUACUAGAGAGGCAAACACACAAGAUCCCUUCGAAAGUUUUAUUUCAAACCAAGAUAUUAGAUAUGUCUAUUACCGUGAAACUGAAAAAAUUCUAGGUAACACGUAUGGUAUGUGUGUUUUGCAAGAUUUCGAAGCUUUAACUCCAAACCUAUUGGCAAGAACUGUCGAAACUGUUGAAGGUGGUGGUAUUGUUGUUAUCUUAUUGAAAUCAAUGGCAUCUUUGAAACAACUGUACACAAUGACCAUGGAUAUUCAUUCUCGUUAUAGAACUGAAGCACAUGAUGACGUUGUUGCUAGAUUCAAUGAAAGAUUUAUCCUAUCCUUAGGUGGAAAUGAAAACUGUUUAGUGGUUGAUGAUGAAUUGAAUGUUCUACCAAUUUCUGGUGCGAAGAAUGUUAAACCACUUCCUCCAAAGGACGAUGAUGAAUUAUCCCCAAAACAAAUAGAAUUGAAGGACUUAAAGGAAUCAUUAGAAGAUGUUCAACCUGCUGGGUCUUUAGUAGGUUUAUCCAGGACAGUUAACCAAGCACAUGCGAUUCUAACGUUUAUAGAUUCUAUUUCGGAGAAAACUUUGAACUCUACGGUGGCUCUGACUGCUGGUAGAGGUAGAGGUAAAUCUGCAGCCUUAGGUAUCUCGAUUGCUGCUGCUAUAUCCCAUGGGUAUUCAAAUAUUUUUGUGACUUCACCAUCCCCUGAGAAUUUAAAGACAUUAUUUGCAUUUAUUUUCAAAGGGUUCGAUGCACUAGACUAUCAGGAACAUAUCGAUUAUGACAUCAUUCAAUCUACCAACCCUGAGUUUAACAACGCUAUUGUCAGAGUUGAUAUCAAGAGAGGCCACAGACAAACUAUCCAAUAUAUUGUUCCACAAGAUGCUCAUGUCCUAGGUCAAGCUGAAUUAUUGGUCAUCGAUGAAGCAGCUGCUAUUCCAUUACCAAUUGUGAAAAACUUAUUAGGUCCUUACUUGGUGUUUAUGGCCUCUACAAUCAAUGGUUAUGAAGGUACUGGUAGAUCUUUAUCACUAAAAUUGAUCCAACAACUUCGUACACAAGCUAACACUGGUGGCAGAAAUAUCAACCAAACUGCUAUUGUCUCUAGAGAUAACAAAAAGGAUUUCACCUCUAGCGUCGGUACUCGUACUCUUAAGGAGAUUGUAUUAGAUGAACCAAUCAGAUAUGCUGACGGCGACGCCGUUGAAAAAUGGUUAAACAAAUUAUUAUGUUUGGAUGUCACUCUAAUAAAGAACCCAAGAUUUGCGGCUAAUGGUACACCCCACCCAUCCGAAUGCAACUUAUUUAUUGUAAACAGGGAUACUUUAUUUUCAUACCAUCCUGUUUCUGAAAAUUUCUUAGAAAAAAUGAUGGCAUUGUACGUUUCUUCUCACUAUAAAAAUUCUCCUAACGAUUUGCAAUUAAUGAGUGAUGCACCUGCGCAUCAAUUAUUUGUCCUUUUACCACCUAUUAACCCUAAAGAUGGUGGUAGAAUCCCGGACCCACUUUGUGUUAUUCAAAUCGCACUAGAAGGUGAAAUCUCCAAACAAAGUGUAAGAAAUUCUCUAUCUAGAGGGCAAAGAGCUGGUGGUGAUCUAAUCCCUUGGUUAAUUUCUCAACAAUUCCAAGAUGAGGAAUUUGCAGGUCUAAGUGGUGCCCGUGUUGUCAGAAUUGCUACUAAUCCUGAAUAUUCUUCCAUGGGUUACGGUUCUCGUGCUCUUGAACUACUGGGUGAUUAUUUUGAAGGUAAAUUUACGGAUAUGUCUGAAGAUACCAAACCAAGGGAUUUUUCCAUUUCAAGAGUCAAUGAUAGUGACUUAAGAAAAUCUAACUUAUUAAAGGAUGAUGUCAAACUAAGAGAUGCUAAAACUUUGCCACCUCUAUUGUUGAAGCUAUCUGAACAACCUCCUCAUUAUUUGCAUUACCUUGGUGUUUCUUACGGUUUAACACCAUCAUUACAUAAGUUCUGGAAGAAUUGUAAAUAUGUCCCCGUAUACCUACGUCAGACAGCGAAUGAUCUUACUGGUGAACACACGUGUGUCAUGUUAAAGGUUUUGGAUGGUAGAGAACCAAAUUGGUUAGUUUCAUUUGCUACUGAUUUCCACAAAAGAUUCUUAUCUCUUCUAUCUUACCAAUUUUCUAAGUUCACAUCAGUUCAAUCUUUAAGUGUUCUUGAAAGUGCAGACAAGGCAGAGAGCUUAUAUUCCAGGGCUGAAAAUAGUAGGAAAGUAUCUUUAUUGGAUAAAUCUCAACUAGACGAUAUAUUUUCUCCAUUUGACUUAAAGAGAUUGGAUAGUUACUCAAAUAACCUACUUGAUUACCAUGUUAUUGUUGACCUCUUACCAAUGCUUUCUAUUUUGUAUUUCAGCGGUAAGAUGGGUGAUGGUGUCAGUCUAUCAAGUGUCCAAUGCGCAAUCUUAUUGGCUAUUGGUCUACAACACAAGAGUAUCGAUGACAUUACAAAGGAGCUAAAUCUUCCUUCCAAUCAAACAAUUGCCAUGUUUUCUAAGAUCAUGAGAAAAUUCUCUAUUUACUUCCGUUCUAUCUUAAAUGAAUCAUUCGAGAAGGCUCUACCUGCUCUAAACGAUGAGCAGGUUGCAGAAAUGAAUGGUGAAGAGAUUAAAAGAUUGAAUGCUGCUGAAACGUUUGACCAAAUGGAGGAAGAUCUUGAAGAAGCUGGUGAUGUAGCUGUCAGAGCCAUGAGAGAGAAACAAAAGGAAUUGAUAGAUUCACUGAACCUAGAUAAAUACGCUAUCAAUGAUAAUGGUGGCGAUUGGGAUGAAUCAAACAAGGGCCUGGAAAAGGCUGCCAAAUCUAAAGGUGUCGUCAGUGUGAAGACUGGACACAAGAGAACAACUGAAAAAUCAGAAGAUAUUUACAACAAUGAAAUAAAGGCUCUACACAAAAGUAAGAAGUCUAAGAAAAGUUCCAAAUAA